GCGGUGCGACUCUUACGUGUUGAUUUAGUGCUAAUCCGCCAGGCUGCCAACAUAAUGCAAGAGGAAAGAGAGGACACCAACAAUUGUAUGCAAAUAUUGCACACUUCCUACAGACAUCAAUGCGAAAUUAUCAGUUUCCUCGAUGAUGACAGAAUUAAAAACAUGGUGCGCUUUACAAUUCUAAGCAAGCAGAACGAAGUACAGCAGAAGCUGAAUAUCAUAGAGGAGGAACAAAACAGCGAUUUGGAGUGCAAAGCUGCCAUGGAACGUCGUAAAAUCGUGAAGGAAUUUCGUAAAUGUCAGUUACUUUUGAAAGAGGCCAAGGAAGAUUGUUUAAACACUGAAUUGGAAAACCAGCAACUUGAUCACCAGUGGAAAAUCAAAAUAAAGCGAGCCACACAGCAGCGCAACAAGUUGAUCGUCUUGUUAAUUGAAACGCGCAAGAAAAUUGACCAUGUGUCCGCAAUUUUACAAUUUAAAGUGCCUAACGUGUACAGACCAUCAAUGCAGAUAUUGUGUCCCAGAAAAGGUUUAGUUUUGCGUGGCAAAAAUGGUCCUAUUGCCUUGCAAUCAGCAAUGGACUUUCUGAAAAAAUAUCCUUGUGAAGUUGCAGAGAAAUUAAACGUUAAGAAUGUCAACGUCAAGGAUGUGGAUCAACCACUACGUUCCAUAUUAGUGGUCAAUCGUCAUCAGGAAGGCUGUGACGAAUCUAGUCAGACAAAGAAAGUAUAUUGCCUGAACGUGCUAUUAUACAAAAAGUCGAAGUGUUGCCUAAACUGA